AUGACGAACCCCGCCGGAAAGGAGAGCAAGGUGGACGUCCUGAUUGUGGGCGCUGGCCCUGCCGGCCUCAUGCUCGCGACGCAGCUCGCCCAACUCAACAUCGACUGUCGCGUAGUGGACAAGAUGGCGCACCCCGUUCUUCGCGGACAUGCGGACGGUCUGCAGUGCCGAACGGAGGAGGUCUUCGACGCGCUCGGCUUGAAGGCCGCCUUUGACGCCGAGACGCACGAGUGCGCCGAGGUUGUGAUCUGGGACCCGACAGAGGACGGUGGAAUCGUUGAGUCGAACCGCGUCGUGGACACGACGCCCGGUCUGUCGCGCUGCAAGCACGUGAACUUGGGUCAGGACAGGGUUGAGGCCAUCUUCCUCGCCGACAUGGAGAAGAACGGCCUCAAGGUCGACCGGCUGCUGACGCCGACAUCGAUGGUGAUUGACGAGGAGCGCUUGGAUGACCCCUCAGCUUACCCCGUCACCGUGACGCUAAAGAAGCUCCCGAAGCCGAAGGAGGAGGCGAACGGCGACGUCCAGAGCGGCUUGUACCGAUCCAACCUCUUCGUGGACGAGAGCAGCACGGCGGGGAACGACACCGAGGCCGAGGCGGACGAGACAGUUCACUGCAAGUACUUCGUUGGGUGUGACGGUGCGCGCUCGUGGGUUCGCAAGGCGCUCGGCCUCGAGCUCAAGGGCGACUCGGCGAACGUGUACUGGGGCGCAUUCGACGCCGUGAUCGACACGGACCUGCCGACGAGCCGGAUGAAGCACGUCGUCCACUCCAAGAACGACGGGACGGUGCUCAUGGUUCCGCGCGAGGACAGCAUGGUGCGCAUCUACACGCAGAUGGGCACUCUUGCUCCGGGCGAGCGCGUCGACCGCGCAGCCGUCACGCUCGAGCGUCUCUGCGCCAAGACGCAGGAUGUCGUGCGGCCGUACAAGAUCGACUUCCCGUAUGUCGACUGGUACACGUGCUACGAGAUUGGACAGCGUGUCUGCGACACAUUCGCCAUGCACGGCGACCACGUCCUGAUCGCCGGCGACGCAUGCCACACUCACUCCCCCAAGGCAGGACAGGGCAUGAACGUCUCCAUGAUGGACACGUUCAACCUGGGCUGGAAGCUUGCGUCCGUCCUCAGGGGACAGGCCAAGAUGGGCCUCAUCCACACCUACCACGAGGAGCGCAGGAAGACGGCCAAGGAGCUCAUCGACUUUGACCGCAAGUUCUCAGCCAUGUUCACAGGCCAGGCCAAGCCGGAGGAACUCGACCUGUUCUCGCCCGAGCAGAUGAGGGGGGCGUGGGAGCAGUCCAUCCGCUUCACCUCCGGAACGGGCGUGCAGUACCUCCCCAACGACAUUGUGCUUGACGGAUCCAAGGGACGCCAGUCCCAGCUCGCCAAGAAGAUCACGCCCGGACAGCAUCUCGAGAACCAGCAGGUCUUUGGUGCCUUCAACGCGCACGCGAUCCAGCUCCAGGCCGCCGUCAAGGCCGACGGGCGGUGGCGCAUCAUCGUCUUCCCCGGCGACGUGCGCAACGCGGACCGACUGCAGGCGUACAACGCCCUCGGCGAGGACCUCGAGCAGCUCAGCAAGACGUACACGCCCAAGGACGCCGACCCGGACGCCGUCAUCCAGACCCUCACCGUCUUCGACUCGCCCCACAAGGACGUCCAGUACCUUGCUGGCAAACUGCCCUCUGUCUACCUCCCGAGGCGCAAGCCGUGGAACAUCCGCGCCUUCGACACGGCCUUCACGGACGAGGACACGUACCACGAUGGACCAUGCGCGGCGUACAAGGGCUACGGCAUCGACCCCAACGUCGGCGCUGUCAUCGUCGUCCGGCCGGAUCAGUACGUCUCCGGCGUCUUCCCGAUGGACGGAGGCAAGGACAUUGCCGCUUUCUUUGACCGCUUCAUGAUCCAGCAGCAGUAUUAG